AUGGACUUCAAGAUGAUGAUAGAACAAGUUGAUGAAAACAGAGGAGCAUCGGAGAAUAAUGAGGACAUCGAAGAGAUAAACGAGCAUGAUUGCACACCUGAAAGAUUGUCUCCGGUUAUGUUAAGAAGGUCCCAGAGAGAGAGACAUGUUCCAAAAUAUCUUGCGGAUUACGUUCUUUUAGCUGAAGAAGAAGGAGAGAUGCUGCUAUUAAGUAUCCAGGAGACGUCGGAAACACAUCCGGUCGAGCACCGAUUGAGCCACUGUCCGAACUCACCAAUCGAGCCACCAAGCGAGACACCAGUCGAGACGCCAGUCGAAUCAACAGUCGAGACACCAGUCGAGACACCGAUCGAGACACCAAUCAAUCUACCAGUCGAGACACCAGUUGAGACGCCAGUCGAACCACCAGUCGAGAUGCCAGUAGAGACGCCAGUCGAGAUGCCAGUCGAGACGCCAGUCGAACUACCAGUCGAACCACCAGUCGAACUACCAGUCGAGACACCAGUCGAGACACUAGUCGAGACGCCAGUUGAACUACCAGUCGAACUACCAGUCAAACCACCAGUCGAGCCACCCAGUCGAACCACAGGUCAAGCUAGUGGUUCUAUGGACACUACUAAGAAGUUCGUUGAACUCAGUCAGAGGAUGGAAUGUUCUUACAAUGACCUGAACGUCAAAUUCAAAGCUCUGAACUCGAAGAUGAGGUAUAUGGAAGGCCAAUCUGCUUCUACUUCUUCCCCAAAGCCUGGCCAAUUCCCAGGGAAGGCUGUUCAGAACCCCAAGGAGUUUGCAAACGCAUUUACACUGAGAAGUGGGAAAACAUUGCCUCCCAGACAAGUAGUUCCAGACACCGCUGAGGAUAGUGAGGAAUUAGAUGGGGAGGAUUUUGUUCAAGAUGAAGCUCAGGUGAAGGAUCCCGUCGAAGCAGUCAAGGACCCGAAUGAACCAUUGCACCAGCCCGAACCUGAAACUGUUAAGGAACCUGUUGUUUCUGAUGACAAACCUGCGAGGUUCAUCCCUUCACUGUACAAGCCUGCUCUACCAUUUCCAGUGAGGUUUAAGAAGCAGCUUACUGAGAAAUAUAAAGCUUUGUUCGAACAACAAGUCAAGAAGAGUUGA